GAGCUCUGCAAGCCCCGCCCUCCCAACCGUUGUGGGCGGGGCCAACCCCCAUUUCCGAUGAUGCUCUGUGGCAACUCCUGCGCUUGGGGCCCCCCUUGGGCCGCCCCCCCCCCCCGCUUCUCCUGCUGUGAGGUAUUGGCGGGGGGAGGGGGCACAAAGGGGCGGGGCUGAUUCUGACCCCUUCCCCACCCCCCUCAGGUGCCCCCACAGCAGCUUCGCGUGGCUGCCCCUCCCCCCGCCCCCCAGCGGGACGCGACCCCUCCAGGGCGGGAUGGGGGUAAGGGAAGGAGGGGUCCCCCCGGGGGCGCUGAGCGAAUACGAGACGGUGAUGGCCGCGCUGGGGAGCCCCCUGGAGGAGGAACUGGAACCAGCUGCCACGCCUCCCCUCCCGCCGCUGGAGCCCCGCAUGAUCCUGCAGGCGGAGGGCGUACUCUCCACCUGCUUCCUGUCUGCCAUCUUGGGGCCGCCGCGUGACCUGCCGGACCUGGAGGCCAUUUUGGAAGAGGAGGAGGAGGAAGCCAAGAUGGCGGCAGUAGCGGGACGUGUCGACCCUCCCAACAUGGUGCCCGUCGCCAUGGAGACACCGCCCCCUCCCAAGAUGGCAGCCGCGACCCGCCCCGACACCCCCAAGAUGGUGGAUACCGUGGAGACAAGCGCCGACCCUCCCAAAAUGGCGCCUGUAAGCAUGGAGACGCGCGCUGACCCUCCCAAGAUGGCGGAUGCCAUGGAGACGAGCGCCGACCCUCCCAAGAUGGCGUCUGUAGCCAUGGAGACGCGCGCUGACCCUCCCAAGAUGGCGGAUGCCGUGGAGAUGAGCGUCGACCCUCCCAAAAUGGCGUCUGUAGCCAUGGAGACGCGCGCCGACCCUCCCAAAAUGGCGCCCGUAACUAUGGAGACAGGCACUGACCCUCUCAAGAUGGCGAUGGGGCCGCGGCGCAGGAAGCUCCAGCCAAUCGGGGCGCUUUUAAUCCGGCGCCGGGGGCGCGUCCGGCAGUGGGGGCGGUGCCGAGAGCGCCAGCCGGGGCGGGGCCAGCGCGCGGCGGGGCAGGCGCUUCCCAUUGACCAAUAGGGAGAGUGGAGAUGAGACCCUCACACCCGGGAACGAGAACGUCGCACCAGUAAACACCAGUCGCACCAGUUUAAACCAGUGACCCCCAGAGCCCACCAGUUUGCCCCAGUAUAACCCAGUACCCCUCAUAACCCCUCCCAGUCCCCCCCAGUAUAAACCAGUAACAUCCCAGUAUAAAACAGUGACCACAAACCCCCUCUCAGUUCCCUCCUAUGGACUCCCAUUGACCCCAGUCCCC